AUGAUUGACUGUGAUGAGAACUACUUGCUCAUGAAAAUUGAUGAAUUCCAAGGAAAUGAUGAUGCUCUGCAGGUGGAGGUGCAGAGAAUGUUGGAGCACAGAGCCUAUCCUCAUGGUGCUAAUGAAGCUUUCAAGUCUGAAGAUCUGAAACAGAAGUACACUGACAUUUCUCUAAAAGAAUUCAUGAGUUUGGUGGAGGACCCAUUGGAAUAUUUCUACAAUUUGGAGAGAAGGGUGUCAGGUCAAUACAAGGAGCUUGCCUUGGAGUAUCUCAAGAGCAUAUUCCCCUUUGAAACUGUAAAAACCAUUAGGAAAGUUCUCUCAAAAAGUAAUGGCCUACUGGCACCAUCUGUUCGUGCUAUUCAAGAAGAAUGCAAUGUUCAAAGACAGACUCUUAGAUCAAAUUCAGAAAUCAAGCAGCUAAAUUACACAGAUGAAGAAUUCCUGAAGGAGCUGGCAUUUCUUCGUUUUGAAAGUGCCAUCAUUGAGUAUGAGAAGCAGGUGAGGCAUGAAGAUGAAAAUGAGUUGGAAGAGGCUCAACGAACAGGUACCACGUUGGAGUGUCCUCAAGUCUUACGGCCUUCAGUUCUCUCACGUGUAUUGAGGAGGAAACAAACUGAGGAAAUCCAAGCUGCAAACAUUCCACAUCUUGUAUGCUGUCCUUUUUGUGAUUUUGCCACAAUCAUGGAAAAUCCUAAUGAUAAGAUCUUCAAGUGUCUUGAUCCUGAGUGCAUGAAGGAGUCUUGUCGGAUCUGUAAAAGACCAAGUCACAUCCCUCGACGAUGUGAAGAAAUCCAUCUGGAGGAACAAACUGAACAGGCUCAUAAAUAUUUGGAAAAUGUGUUGUCAGAAGCCAUGAUCAGGUGCCCUUUGUGGACAGAUUCUCUGGUGCUUCAUGCUAAAGAAGUUCAAGCCAAAGCUGUUGAGGCUACAAAACAAUUGCAAGAAGAAAAUCCUCAAUUAGAACUCAAGAAUGAUUUAACAAAAUAUAUGCCUGAAAUACCUGCAGAUAGAGCACAAGAAGAAGAAGAACGUCUGCUGGAUCCAUUGGAUGACAUCACAAAUGUGGAAGAAGGAAUGAGAAAUUCUCAGUCCCAUGAUGAUGGUUUGAUAAAGGAUUCAGAAUCUGAAGGAGAGGUGAAGAGCUCAACAGGUGGGAUAGUCACCUGUGAUGAGACCUUAUUGGAGGUGAAACUUUUAAGUAAGACACAAACUAGAUAUGAUUCUCCAGGGCUUGAAAUCUUGGAAUUACCUGAUAUUGUGCCCAUAGAUGAUCAAGAGCUCAUUGCUGUCAAUGACACACCAUCAUCAUAUAUAAAGAAACAGCUUUCAUCACAUCAUAAUGCAAUGAAGGCCUCUUCUGAAGGGGGAGCAAAGAUCUCAAUAGAUGGGAUAGUGACCUGUCAUCAGAUCAAGGUGGAAGUAAAUCUUGAGAGUGAGACAGAAACAGUGUGUGAUUCUCCAGGACUUGAAAUCUUGGAAUUGCCUGAUAUCAUGCCUAUGGAUGGUCAAGAGCUCAUUGCAGUCAAUGAAACAUCAUUGUCAUCAUGCUCAAGGGAAAGACUCAGAUGCCCUUCUCCAGAUAUCAAGGAAGUGAAGGAGGCAUGGCCCAGUUCUCUCCCUGCAUCCAGAGCUGAUGGAUGCGUACCAAUUAAGUUAUCUGCCCUUUGCAAUCAGAGUGAUUCCAGAGUAAUUCAAGGAAAUGAGGACUUGGAUUCAAGCAAGGAAAUUCACAAGACUGCAUUUCCAGGUGAUACAAAAUGGUUGAGGCAGGAUAUUAGUAGUCACUUUUCAUCUUCUGAACCAAAUGCCUUGCUGUGUAUGGCAGGCUCCUUGAUAGAAACUGGUCAAUGCCAGCAAUCCAUACCUGAAGUUCCAGCCAAGCAGGGGAGUGGUGUCAUCUCAAAUAUUGCUUUGUACUCAGUAGAUCUCAAAGAAAAGUAUGAUGCUAUUUCAGUGGAGGACUUCUUAAAGCUCUUCAAAAACCCACUGGCACAUUUCCUAAAUUUGGAAAGAAUUGUCAGCAACCUCUACAUAGAGCAUACAAUAGCUUAUGUGAAAAGGCUGUUCCCCUAUCAUCCAUCUGCUAGUCUUGAGAAACUUCUACAUGAUCGUAAUUUCUUACUUGCCCCAACUGUUCAGGCAGUGAAAGCAUGCAACUUUUCUCUGAGAAAAACCAGGAGAAGUGCAUAUGAGAUUCGUGAACCAUCUCAGUUGGAUGAGACAUUCCUCCAGGAGGCAUGUGAAGCGUCUGUUUGCAAAUGGUUGUGGACAGUUGAUAUUUCCCUGUGUUCAUUCCUUAUGCUCUUCAAAUUACAGCCAGAAAACUUUGCAGAUAAGAGCAUGAUGUUUGUAUGGUCAGGGAAUAAUGCAAAAUAUGAAGUUGGAAAUGGUUCUCUGUCCCUAGGUGCAAGCUCUGGAAACCUACAAGCUGGAGCAUCUGCAAUUCGACCUCCACUUUUUGACAUGGUCAGUGAUCCUGUAAGUGGAAGAAAACACUUUCCCUGUCAUUGGGAACCCAUGCCUGAUGUACAGUUGGUCAGGAGAGUCAUUAUUGACCACUCCUCAGAUGAAUACUUACGAGUGGCCAGCUACCUUUCUCCCCAAUUCACUCUCAACCUCAUCGAGAGAGUCCAAAAUCCAUACUUAUGGGAAAUGUACCAGAAUCGUCGAGAUCUCUUGCUCAAAUUGCAUAAUCAGGAUCCAGAGAGAUUGAAUGAGAGAUAUUUAUGGCAUGGUACAAAGCAUGAGAACGUCCAAGAUAUUUGCUCCAACAACCUUGAUUGGCGGCGACAUGGAAGAAAUGCUGGGCAGGUGUAUGGACAAGGAACUUACUUUGCAAGGGAUGCCUCAGUAUCUGCAGGGAACAAAGGGAUCAUACAAAAGACAACCAUUGAAAGACAAACUCCCACAUACAAAUGUAGUGGUGGGGCCAGUGCUGGGAAGCAAUAUGGAGGGCUGGUACAUGAACAGGCAGUUAUCAGUGAUGUGAUGAAGAGAAUUUCUGAGAGCAGUGCUCCAAGGUCCAGAGGAGGAAUGAAUCAGUUGGAAGAAUCAACUUUGGCCAGCACAACCAAUGAGACUGUUCGGGAACUGGAUGAAAACACUGCAUACAUAUAUGACCAUUACUCUUUCAGCAAAAAAUCUGUCAAGGCCCAGCAACUGGCUGUGUACAGAUACAAGGACAAAAUCUUGGCCCAUAUUGCUGCAUAUCCAGUGGUCAUAAUUGAAGGUUUCACAGGCUGUGGAAAGACAACUCAGAUUCCACAAUUCAUUCUUGAAGAUGCACACAGUAGGAGGCAAUAUUGUAACAUUAUUGUCACACAGCCAAGGAGGAUUGCAGCCAUUACAGUUGCCAGUCAUGUGGCUGAACAACGGGGAUGGGAACUGGGCAGCCUUGUUGGCUAUCAGGUUGGUCUGGACCGUGAAUUCCGAAGUCCAGACACACGCCUUCUGUAUGUAACCACAGGGAUCCUGAUGAGGAAGCUAUCUCAUCGAAAGACAAUGAAUGAGUUCACUCAUAUUAUUCUUGAUGAAGUCCAUGAGCGCAACUUGGACAUGGAUGUUACCAUGAUGUUAGUCAAGUUGCUUCAGCGUACUGUCUCACGCAGUGUGAAGAUUGUGAUAAUGUCAGCCACAAUGAAUGCUGAUCGCUUUGCAAAGUACUUCUCUAUCCCUGUUGGACUGGAGCUGGAUCAAGCUCAAAUCAUUCAUAUUGAAGGGAAGAUGCAUGAUGUGCGUGAGCAUUGGAUUGAAGAUUUGAGGCAGUUGGCCUCUCAUGGAGAGUUGCCAACAUUCUCCUUGGAAACUCCUGGAAUCGAAGAGGAAGUUUACCAGAUGGCAUUGAAGCUUGUGUUAGUCUACUUUGAUCGCUUUGAAGUUAAGGAGGAAGAUGCAGCAAAUGCUGAAUUUGCUUCUGAAAGAGGAGCAGUCCUCAUGUUCUUUCCUGGCAUUGAAGAAAUUCACAACAUGUCAAAACGCCUGGAAGAACAUACCACUGUAAAGAAGUAUGUUGGAGCAAUCACACUUGAAAAAGAUGGAAAGAAGGAUCCAUAUGAUGGAGAACUAACUUUUAUGGGUCAAGUGAUGCAGAGUCUUCCUGUGGAUCUCCAUAUUGCCCGUCUCAUAGUGCUUGGCCACUGUUUUGGUGUUCUGUCAGAUGCAGUUGUCAUUGGUAAGCUGCCAUAUAAGUCAGAGUCAGGUUGUCAAGCUCUCCCAAAGAGACUUCUGAGUCUCCUCCCAGCUAUAGCCACCAUGACAGUUCUUGUGACCUAUGUGGUGGAUCAAGAUGCUAUUUACAAUAGCAACUUGCUGAAUGUCUCUGGAGUGCGCUAUCAGACUGCCACAUUCAAACAAUGGAAAUUGCAAUGCAAGAGAGGAACCUUCAGCUUCAAAAGAAGAGGACAAGACAAUGAGAAGGCUUGGGCUGAAAGGGGCUAUAUUAAUUUGCGUGCACUCAAGGAGACAGAUAGACUGGUUGAUGAACUCAAUAUGCAUCUCGACAAGCUGAACCUCAAGGUUCCUAGACGUCCUUACACAGAUCCUCACCGUUUUGAUGUGGAAGACAGUAUGAUCCUCAAGUUGGUGAUUGCUGGAGCCUUCUAUCCUUACUACUUCCACCCAGGUCAGGCUGAUGAAGAAAUGGCUAUUCGUGGUGUACGUGGCCUCAAUUAUCUCAACACAGUGGUCAUUCAUGGUGUGCCGAAUGAGCAGGGACCUCUAGCAUAUGUGGAAUUCACAGACCCUCUGCAGCGAGUUCUCGAUCCUGCGACUGGUCAGCUUUGCCUGGGUAACAAGGGAAAGGUUCGGGAGAUGCAGUUAGUUCAUGAAGAUGUCUACUUUUCUGUCAAAACAAGGUCAUCUAGGAAACGCUUUGAGAUUGAUCUCUUCAGUGAAGCAGAGGCAGCCCAGAAACUGAAGCAACUUCAAGAUGAGCAGAGGAAGAAAACCUUGGGCCACAGUGGUGGAAGUGAUGCAAGUUCCUCCUCAUGGGCAAACCUUGGCCUACGCACGAGCCUCAUGGCUGUCACCCAAAAAGCUGACAUUCAAUUCCCUGACCCCAUCUUUCCAGCUCCUGAAAGGAGUGCCAUUCAUGUUCAUAUGCAACAUGUAGAAGAUGCUGGUCAUUUCUGGGUGAGACUCCAUGAAUCAGAGGAGCCCAACUCCAUGUCAUUUGAGGAGCUGCAGUACCUCUUAAAUAUCAAUGCAGGGAAAGAAUUGAAAAAGCUUAGUGUACCUAUUAGUCCAGAGUUGGUGGUCAUAGCCCCAUAUGUGGAUGUGGAAGGAUGUAUGAGUUUCUACAGAGGGAGAGUUGAAAGAGUCAGUCAAGAUAGAAGCCAAAUGAAAGCUAAGGUCUUCUUUGUGGAUUAUGGUAAUACAGAGUAUAUCCCUGUGAGUGACCUCAGGGCUGUGGAUGAUAGACUGAUUCGUCAUGGAAUCUUGGAUUUACCAUGCAAAGCACUUGAGUGCAUUCUUUCACAUGUGAAGCCUGCACCUUGGAAAUGUCCUGAUGGCAUCUGGUCUCAAGAGGCCAAAGAUUAUGUUGAGGAAUGGAUCAAUGAUCAUGGUCAUGGUCAAACACAAGAGCUGAAGCUCUUUGGCAGGAUCUACUCUGUGGUGCAUGAUGUGAUCCAUUUGGAAUUAAUUCGAGAAUGCCAUGGAUACCAAGGACUUAUAAGUCGAGCUUGUCUGAAUGAUGAACUCAAGGAGCAUGGGUAUGCUGAAGAAGCAGAAGAAGACUAUCUCUCUAAGCAAAACAAUCAGAUCCGUGCAAACCUUCAGGCACAAGCAGGAGGAACUUCAUAUGCAUCUCUUGUGGGAGCUCAAGCACUGGAAUUCUCAAGGGACAGCAUUUCUAAAGCACUUCUGUCACUGAAGAAGGCAGCCACAGGCUGCUUCAGAGGACCUUUUAGUCCCCUAGAAGUUAGUUUACAUUCCUACUCAAAGGCAAUGAUCAAUAGGGGUGUUGCAGUUGAAGGAAACAGUGUGAACAGUGUACUGUUGGAUGUGGAACCACAGAACACUUACCAGAAGAGGAAUCCUAGCAAGACUCGCUACACUGGGUUGAUCUGUGGGCUUGGUUACAACAAAGAUGCUCAUUUUCCCAUCUAUGAAGAACACGAUAUGGAAGUCCCAUUUGAUGCCACUGUUACUUUGGAUGAUAUCAAAGAUGUUGAUUACAUUCGCAUCAAGAUCAACCAACUCCUGCAUGUAGAACCAGGACAGGAAGUGCCUGUGAUGGCUGACUGCCAGUUGUAUGACUGCCAGAAAAGCCUCAGAAACUCUGUGCUUCGGUUGCUGCGAAGAUCUCGAGUUCCAGUGCCUGUUGAUCCAUGCCCAGCCCCUUUCAAAUGGAAUCUCAUCCCAGCGGCAGAUAUGCUAACAUUUCAAGUAGAAGGAGCAUGUACUUCAGUGAAGCAGAUCUUUCCAAUUCACAUCCCCCCUAAAUUGGAAUCCACUGAGGAAGAUGAUAUACAGGAACUAAUUGAUCAUGCCAAAGAGCUGCAGACCCAUGCCAGCAGGGAGAUCACAAGAGAGACCUUUCAGUGCCGUUUGUGCAAUGGCAUGCUGCAGUCACCUCGUGACUUGCUCAUCCAUAUUGACUCCUACUCUCACCGGAUACAAAUUGACCAACUGUGUAGUCGAGCCAAAUCAUUGUCCAUCAAAUGUGAUCUAGUGCCAUGGAAGUGAAUGGAGUAUUAAGGUUGAUGGAAUGAGAUGAAAGUGGAUGCAGGUUGGGCAAAGCUCCAAAGUUGCAGAAGUUCAUUGACAGGAAGUUGUGUCCAAUAUAGAUAUUUAUGUUGGAAAAGUAGGGUGAAAUUUCCUUGCCUCUGUUGUUGUUACUUCAGGAAUAUACCUU